CGGGAAGGCGGCCGGAGCUUGAGCCGGAGCUCCGAGCUGGUGGUCCCUGAGCAGCCUCCCAGCAGGGAGAAGCCCUUCAGGUGCUUGGAAUGUGGGAAGAGCUUCAGCUGGAGCUCCACCCUCCUCAGACACCAGCACAUCCACACUGGGGAACGGCCCUACACAUGUAGGGAAUGUGGGAAGAGCUUCAGGAGCAACUCCAACCUGAUCCAACACCAGAACAUCCACACUGGGGCACGGCCCUACACGUGUGGGCAAUGUGGGAAGAGCUUCAGGCAGAGCUCCAACCUGAUCCGACACCAGAACAUCCACACUGGGGAACGGCCCUUCACGUGUGGGGAAUGUGGGAAGAGCUUUGGGGACAACUCCAGCCUGAUCCGACACCAGCACAUCCACACUGGGGAACGGCCCUACACGUGUGGGGAAUGUGGGAAGAGCUUCAGGCAGAGCUCCAACCUCCGCAACCACAAGCUCAUCCACACUGGGGAACGGCCCUACAAGUGCUUGCAAUGUGGAAAGAGGUUUCAGACCAGCUCACAUCUCCUCCUGCAUGAGCGGAUACACACAGAGGAGAGGCCCUUCCGCUGCACCGACUGCGGGAAGGGCUUCAAACAGAACAGCAACCUCGUCACCCACCGGCGCAUCCACACCGGGGAGAGGCCCUACAAGUGUGGGGAGUGUGGGAAGAGCUUCACCCAGAGCUCCAGUUUGACCACACACCAACGGACCCACCAGUAAGGGAAGCCCUACAAGUGCCCUGACUGCGAGAAGAGCUUCGGCCGCUGCUCCCUCCCCAAAUGACCCCCCUGAUGGUGAGGCAACCCCUGGAGUCCAGUGACUGUCAGUCCAUCCCUUUCUACCAGAA